GGCACCCAAACGGCACAUUAGUAAUACCAAGAGUUACUCGCAAUGCUCCCCUAGUCACGAUCCUCCAAUCCUCCUCAAAUCGGCAAUCUCCCACGGUUAAGAGCCGACGAUCUCCAACGGCCCAGAGCCACCAUAUAUAUAUAUAUAUAUAUAUAUAUAUACACACACACACGUAUAGAUAUACCUGAAGAAUUGAAAAUCGAAUGGAAGGAGGAGGAGAGACGAAAGAAGGGAGCCCGACGCCGAUCUUCAGAGAUGUAAGGCGUUACAAUUGCAACUACUGUGGCAUCUCACGCUCUAAGAAGUCCCUUAUUACCUCUCACAUACUCUCCCUUCACCAGGAAGAAAUGAAAGUGCGAGUAGCAGAUGAAGAACAUGAAAGAGAGGGAGCAAAGUCAAAUACGUGUGAAGAUUGUGGUGCCAAUUUCCGGAAACCUGCUCAUUUGAAGCAACAUAUGCAAAGCCACUCACUUGAGAGGCCAUUUACUUGCCCAGUGGAGGAUUGCCAUUCCAGUUACCGAAGAAAAGAUCACUUGACCCGUCAUCUUCUUCAGCACCAGGGGAAACUUUUUCAGUGUCCUGCUAAGAGCUGCAACCAUAGAUUUGCUUUCCAAGGUAACAUGAAGAGGCAUGUGAAGGAAUUUCAUGAUGAGGAGUCUCCCUCCAACAAUGUUGAAGGUCGGAAAGAGUACAUCUGCCAAGAAAUUGGGUGUGGGAAGGUGUUCAAAUAUGAAUCAAAGUUGCGAAAACAUGAAAAUUCACAUGUUAAGUUGGAUGCGGUGGAGGCACUCUGUUCAGAACCAGGCUGUAUGAAACAUUUUAGCAAUGAGCAAUGCCUCAAGGCCCAUCUACAGUGUUGCCACAGCCAUGUAACCUGCGAGGUAUGCGGGACCAAGCAGCUGAAGAAGAACAUCAAGCGGCACCUUCGCAUGCAUGAAUCAGGGGGGUCAUCAGACAGAAUAAAAUGCAACUUCAAGGGCUGCCUCCACACUUUUUCAACUAAAUCAAAUCUCCGUCAACAUGUCAAAGCUGUACACUUUGAACUCAAACCUUUUGCCUGUAGCAUUCCUGGGUGUGGCUUGAGAUUUCCAUUCAAGCAUGUGAGAGAUAACCAUGAGAAAUCUGGGUUACAUGUCUAUACUCAUGGGGACUUUGAGGAGUCUGAUGAACGAUUCCGACUGAGGCCAAGGGGUGGACGCAAGAGGAAGUGCCCAACGAUAGAGUCUCUUACGAGGAAGAGAGUUAUUCCACCAAGUAAUUCUGAUUCUAUUCUGAAUCAGGGGUCCGAGUACCUCUCUUGGCUGCUCUCCUCAUCGGAAGCUGAGGACCAGCCUUGAGUUAUUGAUGGUUUGGCAUGUGGAGAGAUUUUUUUGUGAUGCAUGACUUCUCCAAGAGAUCUCCUUUUGUUAGUAGUUAGAUGCAUUGGAAAAAAUGAUCAUGAGAAAUGAAUAUAUAUUGUGGCUCUCAAUGAAAAAGUAUUUGUUCAAUGAAUAUUUAUUAUUCAGUGGUGGUCCGUGUUAUUAAUCAUGUAUCUUUUUUUGUUAAUGGGGUGGAAAUGUUUUUCCGACUCGAGAAAAGGUUGGUGUUCUGUACUAAGUCACAUAAUUUUUCUAAACAUGAGUCGCUCUCACGCUCAGCGCGGGCACCCGCUAUUGCGUGCUCCGCGUACGCUCUUGCUCCCAAUCCCACUAUGUAUGACUUAAAUUUUGCUGCUUUCGCGCUCCUGUUCUCGCACUCACUCCUGUUCUUCCAACUGCUCUGUGAGACUUAGGUUCUGCGCUAUUAUUCGAGUGAAUGUCAGCUAUUAUAUGCAUGAAAUGCUUUUUGUUUGUUUUUGGAUGAAGUUUCUUCUGAGUUUCAGCUUGGUAAAGCAUAUUAUAGCU